AUGAGAGUAUGCCAGUAUUGCCGACCUUUCCGGCUGUUUGCUUCCUUCUUAUGUUAUUUUCUAGUGUUUGUAACAGCUAACAAGGAGAAGAUAAGUCAGAGUGACUAUCAAGUGUGCGCAGGUAUGUAUUCCAAAGAAGAUUGGAAGGGCAAGGUCGAUCCCUUUAUAUCAUUCAAUCUUAAGAAAAUAACCGGGUUGAAAGAUGAUUCUGAUCCCGGCAUAAUCAUUGCCAUCUAUGAUUUUCAAGACUUUGAACACUUGGGUGUAAGAUUGCCCGAUGAUGAAAUGUAUUAUAUUUGUGAUGAUUAUACAAUUGACUCCGGGCUCUGUGAAGAGGAAAAUCGUGAUGAGUUUAUUGUUCAGGAUGUUGUAUAUGAUCCGUAUAGCUCCACAAACAGAUCUCUGGCCAAUCCGAUUAUGACCUUUCCUCAAAGUGAGAUAGGUCUACAUGAUACUAGUUAUCCAAUAAAGAAGACCGGAUUCUAUUGUGUUACUGCUUUCCCAUCACAAAGUUCGAUCAAGUUUGACGCUGUGGUGAAUUUCAGAAAUGCGUAUGGUCAUCUUGCAGGGACUGAGAUCAAUAAACUACCUCUAUAUGGUCUUUUGGCUGUUGCAUAUGUUGUGGCCAUGGCAUUAUAUUCAUUUGCCUUCUGGAAGCACAAGCAUGAAUUGCUACCAUUGCAAAAAUAUCUGUUGGCCUUUUUCGUUUUUUUAACUGCUGAAACCAUAUUUGUAUGGGCUUACUAUGAUUUGAAGAAUGAAAAGGGUAAUACUGCGGGCAUCAAUGUCUAUAUGGUCUUUUUAUCAAUAUUAACGGCUGGUAAAGUGACAUUUUCAUUUUUCCUGCUCCUGAUCAUUGCUUUGGGUUACGGUAUUGUAUACCCCAAGUUAAAUAAGACCUUGAUGAGGCGUUGUCAAAUUUAUGCUGCCCUAACCUAUGCAAUAUGUAUUGGAUUUUUGAUCCAAAGUUAUUUAAGUGACAUGCAAGCACCAUCACCAUUAAUCUUGAUUACCAUGAUUCCUAUGGCACUUUCAUUGGUCAUAUUCUACUACAUGAUUAUUAGAUCUAUGACAAAAACCGUUAUCUACUUGAGGGAACAAAGACAGAUUGUGAAAUUAAACAUGUACAAGAAGCUGCUAUACAUCAUAUAUGCUUCCUUUUUGAGUGUUCUAGCGGGUAGUAUAAUUUCGUCAUUUAUUUACGUCGGCAUGAACACUAUUGAUAUGAUCGAGAAGAACUGGAGAUCAAGAUUCUUCGUUACCGAUUUCUGGCCCACGUUAGUGUAUUUUAUUGUUUUUGUCACCAUUUCCUUCUUAUGGAGGCCAACAGACACCUCAUACAUGCUAGCUGCAUCUCAGCAAUUGCCUACAGAUCCAGAAAAUGUCGCAGACUUCGACUUAGGUGAUUUGCAAUCUUUUGAUGAUCAAGAUGAUGCAAGUAUCAUCACUGGUGAGCAUGGUAUAGAUGAAGAUGACCUGAAUUUAAAUUUUACUGAUGAUGAAGAGGGCCAUGAUAAUUCGAAUAACCACGGCCAAGGUAAUAAAUCAUUACCUUCCUCUCCAACAAAAUAA